AUGACGAAAAUCACCGCUGAGGGACCGAUUAAGAGCCCUUCGAGGCUUUGCCAUGUUGUACUUCGAACGAAGCCUGAAAAUUAUCGAGCAAUGGUGGACUGGUAUUUGGUCUUUCUUGGGGGAAGAGUAGUCUGGGGCAACGAAAAACUUAGUUUCAUCUCGUACGACGAUGAACACCAUAGAAUUGCCAUUACGGGCUUCGAUGGCGCUGUACCCCGUGCGGCCGACGCGGCACACUCGUGUGGAAUGGCCCAUGUCGCCUUCGCCUACGACACUCUCAAGGACCUGAUGACUAUCUACCUCCAACGCAAGAAGUUGGGCAUCCUUCCUUCGUGGUGCGUCAACCACGGCCCCACUACCAGCCUAUACUACGCCGACCCGGAUGGAAAUGAAGUCGAGUCCCAGGUGGACAACUAUGACACCAAUGAGGAGGCCACGGCCUUUAUGGAGGGGCCCGAGUUUACCAUGAAUCCCAUGGGAGUCGACUUUGUCCCUGAGGAACUGAUCAAGCGGCUGGAGGCCGGAGAACCCGAGAAGGAUCUUAAAAGGCGGCCAAAGAGCGGUCCCCGGAUGGUGAGGUGA